UUUUCCAUCUUACUCUUGAUAUAAAAAAUCAGACUAUGCUGUUUCUAUCACUACUCGAAUAAUCAAAUAACUGCUGUAAUCUGAUUAUGAAGGAGCAAUCAUGCUUAAAAAUACAGCAACAGCGAUUACCUCCACAAUAAGCUGUGUACUGCUCUCUUCCGCUCUCUAAGGAAACACCCUCUCUCUCUCUCUCUCUCUCUCUCUCUCUAUUUUUCUUUCUCUGUAUGAGAUCAGUGUUCUCAGCUCUUUGAUAGGAGACUCUUUUCAGCUCAGCUCUAAAAAGCUGAACAGAACUUCAAUGGCUCUAUCAAAACCCUACCUUUGGAUCUGUUUGGCUCUUUGUGUAGCCAUGGGAGGAUGUCAUGUGUUCUAUAAUAAAACUGGAGAUGUUGUGAGUAUGGACUGUGGAACAGCAGACUCCAACAAGGCGCUGACGUGGUAUCACAAUAAUGAACAGGUUAUAAGUGUCAAGAUUGGUACAACCAGAGCGAAAACUGAACUUGGUAAAAAAGUGAAGUUAAUCGAAAGUACGCUGAAGGUCCCUUCACUGAAAACAGCUGAUUCUGGAACGUACAAAUGUACUGGACAAGAUGGGAAUAGAAGAGUCACACGGGAGCACACAGUGUAUGUUAUGUCAGCCUCUGCGAGUCCUUCAGAAACAGUGCUGCACUCCACUGACCUGACCCUGACCUGCGACAUUAAUAACAGCCCAACUGCACAGAUUCGGUGGAUGAAUAAGAAUAAGAAUACUUAUGAAAGUCCUGGUAAAUCCAUCAGCCUGAAAUCCGUAAAAUCCACUGAUUCCGGUCGCUGGACCUGUCAGAUCGAAGACAACAAGAGAGUGGAGACUUUGGUUGUGGACAUCGCAGUUCUAGGUCCGCUGACCUCCCCUGCGGAAGUCACUGUACCUGCAGGAGGCUCUGCAGACCUGACGUGUUCCCUCCCUACCGUGAGUCUUCCGCAUGUAGAAACGGGAGGAUGGUCACAUGAUUCCCCCAGUGGCCUCAAAUUCCCAACUUUAAAAGGAGGCCAAGAAUGGAAAGGAGAGAAUAAUUCUAGAGUCAUGUUUAAUAAAGAAAUCCUCAAAAACGACUUCAAAGUGACGCUGAAUAAAGUGAGGCAUACUGAUAAGGGAAAUUAUACCUGUACUGUGACCUUUAAGAAUGGACAGAGUUUGAACACUUCUGUAAUGCUGAAGGUUGAGGUUGUGAAGACAACUGAAGGCCCAAAAAUGAAUUUGUGGAUCUGGGUCGGAGCAGCAGCAGCCCUCGUCCUUCUGAUCGGCCUGAUCAUCAUCAUUGUACUGAUUCAUCGUAGGAACAAGCGAAUGAGGAGAAAGGUACGAAAGCUGAGGUCUGUGCGCCAAGGUCUAACACCCAAAAACUACUGCCAGUGUGACAGGACUGACAGACAGCCUCAUGCAGGGAAACGAGAGAGACCACCCCCACUUCCCAGAUAUCAGUACGACAUCAUGGAUUGAGAACGUGAGACAGUAUAAUGGAAUGGUAAUGGAGAAAGAUAAUUGUGUAAAAAUUGUGUAAAAAAAUUAUUUUCAGAAAAAAAAAAAAAAAAAACAAUCCGGAAAAAUGCUGGGUAACAAAAUCAUACUUUUUUAUUUUCUUUUUUUCUGUUUUCUAUAUUAGCUACAGUAUGAUGCUAUCACGAUUAUAUACAGCUGUAAUUAAUGUUUCACCUAAAAAAUCAUUGAUUUAUAGAUUGAUUUAUAUUAUGGUAAAAAAAUCAUAAAUUUAUAUCUAUAUAAAUUCCUGUUUGAAAAAUUAGCAAAUGUAGCUACAGUGCUAACAUAUUAACCUAGCAUGUUUUCAGAAAGCCACAACAAUGUAAAUAUGAGGAGCUUUAUUUGUUCAGAUUUAUGUCAAAAUAUUUUUUUGGUACAUAGCUACUAUAGCUAGCUAUAUUUCUAUAUUUCUAUACAUUCAUAUAAUUUUGCUGCCUGAUGAAAAUAUGCUUGGUUUCAGAGGAUUUAUAUUUUUCAAAUUUUUAGCUUAGCAGCUAACCUUCGUUCCCUUUGAACAGAUAACAAAUGUUUCUUUUUAAUGUCUAAUUUCUGUUUUCUACUGUAAUUAAACCUUAAAUAAACAUUUCAUGUGUG